AUGAGUGGACGCAAUUCUACCGAAGCUGAUGAUGUACUAGACUUUUUGGAUUCGCUUCCCGAACGCAAGAAGAAGGAUGCCAAAAGCACUAAGAAGGAGACAAAAACGACGUCUCAAGACCCCAAAAAUGACACAGAGAUCUUAGAUUUCCUGGAUGAACUUGAACAGAGCAACCUGGGCUUGAAAAGAGACAAACAAAGUGGAAAGGAAGAGUCUACUUCAAAGCAUAAGCCAAGUGGUUCAAAGACUUCUCAAUCGGACAACGCUCAGGAAACCGUGCACAAUGAUACAGAACCACGUUCGACUACAACUCCAGAAUCUCCAGUUGCAAAUGCUCCUGUUGAGGCCAAUAUCGGUCCUCAGUCUCAGAAGAGUGAAUCGUCUGAAGAACAAUUGCAUGAUCCUAUCACGUCGAUUUCCAAUUGGUGGUCGUCUUCCGGUUCUGCCACGGUAAACAGUUUUUUCAGUAAAACUGCGGAGCAGGCCAACCAACUCAAGGAUCGACUGGCUCAUGAGCAACAGGGAAUUACCUCACGGCUACAAACAACUUCGCUGGCCUCAAAGAUCAAUUCGGCCACGAUUUCCUCGCUGGCUAAAAAUUUGAGCCGGAUCGUGGUGGGGGAAACGGAUGAAGUAUUGAGAGUGCAUCUCGUACACAGCUUAGUCAAUUACCCGCUUUUGUCAUACCAUGUUGAGCAACAAUUCGACUCUGUGUUGAGCUCUCAGGUCCAAGGCGGUGUAAGGAUUUUUGUCGACGAAUGGGAUCACCCAGCAGAAAAUCAGGAGUCUCUACACGACGGCAAGAGGCACCUGAACAUGUUUGUAGGCAAAGUUGCCGAUGGGGAAAAAUUGGCCUACGCAAACCUCAAUCAUGCUAUAAAGCUCUUUACCAAGGCGAAAGAAGAACUUGCCAAACAACGGACCGAGACCGAAGAUGUGGAAGACGAACCGGCCCAAGAACAGUCAAUUUCCGACGUGUUUAUUUCGAUUUUGCCAAUAGCCGUGCCUGAAAAGGCCAAGGCUUCAGAAAUAAGUACCACAGAUCCCACCAGCCCAGGAAAUUUUGCCUUCACGAUUGUUCUGAAAGACAUUAGAAAUGAUUUUACCUCCAUAACACGUUCCCAAGGCUUUCCCCAAAGAUGGGCCGAAUGGCUCGAGGGCACUUCAGAGUUGAAAAGCAAACAGGACGCCAUCCAGGACAGAGAAUCUAAGAAGGAUAACGGGGAACGUACAGAGUCCACCGAGGGCACCGAGAUCACCGAGGACGUGGAUGCUAGCGAGUGGGUUAAAGAGUGGGUGGAGGACGGAUUAAGUCUCGCCUUCGGCGUCGUGGCUCAGAACUACGUGAUUGAUCGCAUGGGGUUUUAA